AUGCGGAAGCUUACGCGGGCGGAGCGGGAAGCGACGGAGGCGGAGGAGCGGAAACAGCGCGAGGAGAUUGCGCAAAUGGUGGAGGAGCAGCGGAAGGCGCGGGAGCAGGCGGAGGGGACGAAUACGGAUAAGUGGGAGGUUAUCGGGAAAAAGCCCGCGAAUGUUGGAAAAGCGGUCGAGGUGGCAAAGAGCAGCAGCAGGAGAAGCAGCGGGGAGCAAGACAAGCAGGGUGGUGUGAAGACGGGAGGGAAAGAAGUUGGACCUUCCAUUGUCAGGUUAGCCCCUGUUACCGCCUCCACUGUUUCCCCCCCCAACUCCUACCUCACUAAUCCCUUCGCCCUCCCCUUCUCCUCGCCGUUCUCGCUCGGGUUCUCACCCACUCUCGUGCCCGCCACACCCGUCGACCCAGCACCACUGACAAAUAGCCCACUCUAUCUGAGCACCCCUGCUGCUGCUCUGCCCGGCUCUGAUGUCGGCUCGGUAGAGAGGAGCAGCUUCACCGGAUCAAAGAACACUGUUCAUGCAGAGAGGCAUGCUUUCCCUGGGUCCUGGAGUGCAGGGGGGGUGGCUUCUGAGUCGAGUCAGCAGUUACCUCGUUUUCCUGGGUCGUGGAGUGCUGGGGGCCAAGAUUUUACUGGGUUCGGCGAUGCGCUAAAGAGUAACGCGUUUAGAGCAGCGAUUCGCGGCGGCAGCAGUGGAGUGGGCGGGGGGGCGGGCGGCGGAGGGAUGCGGGCGGCGUGGAUGGCGGAGAUGUGGGACGAGGACGUGCCGCCCGCUUUCGUGGAUUGCAUCACGCAGGAGAUCAUGCGCGACCCGGUGAUCACAGCCGACGGGCACUCGUACGAACGCGCUGCCAUCGAGAAAUGGCUCAUGUGA